UACAUAAGUUUUCUAGCACAGUUUAGCAGUUUUUAGUUGAGUUUUCUGUAAAUAAAUAUUUUCUAGCUGUUAUACUGGUCUCCUGGUGAUACCAAAUAUGGAUGACUCUACAUCCAUCCAAGGGUCUUCUUGGGUCGAUUGUUACCUUGAUGAGCAGAUGUUGAAGGUGAAGGGUCGCCAGAGACUCCAUGAGAUCGAGCAGGAAAUUCAUAGAGAGCUGAGCGUGACACUAAGCCAAUGUCACCAGUCCCCAGGAGAGGUAGCCAUGGAGGGGCAGCAGCUCCUGACUGACAAGGCCAAGCCAUGGGUUACUUCCCAUGAGCAUCUUGGUUCUGCAGCUCUGAUGAGUGGCGACACAGCAGGUAUGCUCUCAGAGAAACAGGCCCAACCUGAGAUCAGGUCAGAUGAGAUGCUCCAGGUGGAGUUCCUCAGCCAGACCCAGGUGGAGAUUCCACAGGAGGUCAGGGAGGUCAUGGACAGCCUGCUGGACAAGGUGGCGGAUGGAGAAGCCCAGGAGAAGAAGGCUGAGGUCUUCAAGGCAAACCUGAUCCCCUAUCCCUCCUCAUCCUCAGCAGUCAAUGUCAUGAAGGUCCUGGAGAGCCAGGUAGACAAGGAGAAGAAGGUUGAGGUCCUUGACCUUAGCACCUGUCCCAUACUCCAAACGGCCCUUACAGACAUUGAGACCACGAUGAAGACUGCAUACAAGACCAUGCCAAAGCAGAUUGUGGUACUUGGUUCUACCAUUAAGCAUAUCAUCACCCAGGUGCUUCUUCAAGUAGAUCCCCAAGCCUUUCAGGAGGGAGUCUAUUUGGAGACACCUGUUAUCAUCAACAACACCAAAGCUCUUCUGUGGUCUAUUCCUGGGUUCAAGUAA